CAGCCACAGAACGGAACACACUCCGAGGUUGUUCCGUUGAGCUGCUUCCUAGUUCGAGGACCGGUAGUUUAAUUCUAACGGUAAAGUGCAAGUGAAAAUGAAGGACUGAACUGAGUGAAGCGAAGGACUCCAACUUCCGGGAAAAAGUUGAGAUUAUUUGAAAUUGUGAUAGUUAGUGCUUGAAGAUGGCGUCGACUACGACCAUUACGGUGCGGAAUAUCUCCACGCUUAACCCGUUGAAGCGGAUGAAGUUUAAGGAGAACCAAAUGAUGAUCCCGAUCGGGUCCAACGAGGAAAGCUUCGACGAGAACCAGUCUGCGGUAGUGCUGAAGAGGAAAAUUCCACUGGGAACUCUCGGUAGCAUCGAGAAUGUGAUGUUCAACGUGGGAUCUGCUGAUUUGAAGAAGCAUCUGGGCAAUGUACCAUCCCCAGGUCCAGGAAGACGCAAGAAUUCCGAUCCAAAGAGUGCCAUCAGUGCCGUCGAGCGACGAAAUGCCCGCGAGCGAAACCGAGUUCAACAGGUUAAUAAUGGCUUUGCCGCCCUGCGUCAACGGAUACCGGAAGAGAUUGCAGAAGUUUUUGAAGCUGGACAGACCCGGGGAGUUCACAAGAAGCUGAGCAAGGUAGAAACGCUUCGCAUGGCCGUCGAAUAUAUCAAGUGCCUCGAACGGCUCCUGUCACUGGAUCCGGAGAAGGAAGGCAGCGUGUUCAAAAUUAAACCUCCACAGCAGGAGAGCACUCAGCUUCCAGCAACGCCACCUCCGGAACCGGUGCAGGCCAACAAUUUCUUCCUCGCAAUCAAACCACGUGCCAUCGGAAACUCCAACGGAGCUUCCCUCGAUCAAACGCAGAUCACCAUCAUCAACGGUCACCAGUACAUCCGGAUUCCCGGUACCAACACCUUCCAGUAUCUGGAUCCGGAAAGUCUGUACGAUGAAUCCCCGAACGACAGUUCGUUUUUUGGCGACAGCAGCUCCGUCAUCGAUCAGGACGUCAUCCUGGAAGACUCGGACGACCUGAUGAGUGAAUCGGCCAUGGCUCUUUCCCCGCAGAGCAACUACGCGCUGGAUUUGGACGAUCGCAAAGGCGAAGCAGCCGCCUUCCUGAACCAUGCGCCGGAUGACGACGGUAGGGGACACGGAAAGAUCCUCUCUCUGAUCGAUCAGCAGCAAUACGCCGACAUUAUGAUGAUCAAAAGUGAACUUCAAGAUGACGAUGAACAGUCCCUACUGCAGCAAACGGCCAGCGAUCCGACGUUUCUGGAAUCGAUCGAUUGGUUCGAGAGUCACCACCAGCAGCUGCCUUCGAUGGAUUGAAGAAUUCCGUCUCACCCACCCUAGCCGGCAAUUGUACAUAGGAUUAUUUAUUUAAACAAAAGUCGAUUUUUAUUAUUAUUAUUCUAAUUAUACGAAAACUUAAUUUAUUAGCACCCAUUGCUCCAACUAAGCUAGUGAAAUAGAAAAUAA